AUGGAAAGCACCAAUCCUUUCGAUCCCCAUGUUUGGGGCAAGGCGGCUUCUUUCUGGUAUCUAGAGGCGCGAUUUACAGUUGAGCUGGGGGAGCUAAGCAGAGAUGGGAUGGAGAAAUUGGUUGCUAAUUUAGAGCCCGCGUCUGAGAAACCUAGUCUUUUGAUAGAGGGAUUGAAAGCUACACAGCAGGCAAUGUCCCCUCUGCGUGGAGUGGAUGAUAUGAUCCGGGUCGCGGCAGAAAAUAUCAAGGCCCGACUUGAUAAUUUAGCAGAUGAAGCAGGUGAUAUCAACACAAAUACUGAUCUUUGGGCAUGGGUUCAGCAUGAAUUAACGGUUGCCACGACGGAAAGCGUUUACGGUCCUGAAAAUCCGUAUCGAGAUUUCAAGGUGGAAACUGGAUUUUGUGCGGAAGCAAGUGCGAGGAAUAACAACCAGCGCGCAAUCGCUGGCAGCAGGUAUUUAGGAAAGCAAAAUCAACCUCCGCAGAUUAAAAGACGCGCCAAUACUCUUCUCCGUGCAGCAAGAAACCUUACGAUUCAGAGCUUCUGGAACACAAUCGCGUAUGGUUAUGCAAGUUAUGAUCGUGGGAGACAAUCAGUAUCUGCUUCGGAAGGGCUCAAUGGUGAUUAUAGCCAAUAG